AUGAUACCAAUCACCAUCAUCACCGGCUUCUUGGGUUCCGGAAAGACCACGUUAAUCCUCAACCUGAUCCCUCAGCUCCCCAAGACUUACAAGCUCGCCCUCCUGAAGAACGAAUUCGGCGAUGUCGCUAUUGAUUCGCAGCUGGCGUCUUCCAGCGCCAUUUCCGGCGUCCAGGAACUCCUAAAUGGGUGCAUAUGUUGUAACCUGGUUGGACAGCUAUCCGAUGCCCUCGAAACCUUAGCGAACGAUGUCAAACCCGACCGCAUAGUCAUCGAGACCUCAGGAUCCGCCUUUCCCGCUACCCUCGCCAUGGAGGUCAAUCGCCUUGCCAAGGAGACAGGACGAUAUGUACUUGAUGGGGUCAUGUCGGUUAUUGACGUCGAAAACUGGAAGGGGUACGAAGACACUUCCGUUACAGCGAAAAUGCAGGCCCGCUAUACGGAUUUGAUUGUUCUGAACAAGUGGGAAAUGGUCAGCGAGAGGAGAUUAGAGGAUGUGGAAGAUGCCAUUCUCGCCCUCGAGGUCGAUCCUCCUACGCCCAGGACUAAGAGCGACAAAGGUUGGGUCGAUAAAGAUAUCAUCUUCGGGCUCGAUGCGAAGCUGGCGAAACAGACGGGUACCGAGUCGGAUCAUCAUCACGAUCAUGACCACCAAAGCGAAGUGGAGGUCUUAUCGAUCACCUUGAAGGCGCCGGGACAGGGUCAAUCCCGUGGAGUCGAUGUCGAGAAGCUGAGGAUGUUUCUUGAGGAACCCACCAAGGAUGCUGUCUAUCGGAUCAAGGGCGUUCUGUACGCCUCCACACCACCGAAGUCCUCCGAUGCUUCUUCUUCCUCUUCGUCUUUGGAAGCCAAUACCGGGCGAUCUCGGUACAUCCUCAACUGGGCAUUUGGGCGCUGGACCUAUACCCCUGUUCCUCCGUCGUCCGCAAACUCGACUCCUGCAAUCUCAGAACGUGCCACUCCCAUUAGCUCCGGUCGGGCAACACCACUUCCUCAGGUUGAGAAGCCCGAACUGCGAUUGACUAUCGUUACGGCGAAAUACGAGUCCAUUGUGUGGGAGAGCCGAAUCAAAAACAACGAUUUUAUUGCUCUUGAAGGACGGGAUGAUGGCGUCCUCUCCGUGGAGCGAAUCCUAUGA